GGCAUGCCUGUGAGCAUGUUCAGCAUCGACAAUAUCCUGGCGGCCAGACCUCGCUGCAAGGACUCGGUGCUGCUGCCCCCGAGCGCCGCGCCCGUCGUCUUCCCCAGCCUCCACGGGGACUCGCUCUACGGCAGCGCCUCCGACUACGGCGGAUUUUACUCCCGGGCGGUGGCUCCCGCCUCCGCGCUGCCGCCGGCCGUCACUGGAUCUCGGCUCGGCUACAACAACUACUACUACGGGCAGCUGCAUGUGCCGGCGUCCCCCGUGGGCCCUUCGUGCUGCGGGGCCGUGCCGCCCCUGGGCGCUCAGCAGUGCUCCUGCGUCCCCCCCGCAGGUUACGAGGGCACUGGGUCAGUCCUGAUGUCCCCUGUUCCCCAUCAGAUGUUGCCCUAUAUGAACGUGGGCACUUUGUCCCGGACGGAGCUGCAGUUACUGAACCAGCUGCACUGUAGGCGGAAAAGACGGCACAGGACUAUCUUCACUGACGAGCAGCUGGAAGCGCUGGAAAACCUAUUCCAGGAAACGAAAUACCCAGACGUGGGCACCAGGGAACAGCUGGCCAGAAGGGUGCACUUAAGGGAGGAAAAAGUGGAGGUUUGGUUCAAAAACCGCCGAGCGAAGUGGAGGAGGCAAAAGCGAUCGUCUUCGGAGGAGUCAGAAAACGCACAAAAGUGGAAUAAAGCAUCUAAAACGUCACCGGAGAAGAGACAAGAGGACGGGAAAAGUGACUUGGACUCCGACAGCUGAUGCAUCUCAGUAGGGGGGACAUUUCCCGUGGACUGUCAGAUAUGCUCCAGAGGAUGCUACUAAUCUUGCACAAGCUCUGCCUUGUUGGAGGGGGAAAAUAUCUGUAUAUAAUGUAUAAUGCCCCGAGUUGAUUCCGUGUAAAUAAAAAUGUGUUUGCGGAGGUGUUGCACAGGUA